CAAAGUUGCGUCAAAAUUGGUUUAAAUGUCGAUUUGAAAAUUAACAAAAUGACAAAACGUAAUUUAUAAAGUUCUUUAGUUAAUGCUUCCUUAAAUUAAAUUAUUUUCAAUAUGAGAAAUAGUGGUAUAGUUUUAUUCAUGUGCGCGGGUCUGCUCCUGAGCGGCGGAGCGAUCCUGGGCGGCUCGACGGCGUGGAGCUUACUGCGCAUGUCGUACUAUUUCUGGACCACGGACCUGACCGUCGAGCUGGCGUCGACCGUGGGGUUCGUGGCGGGCGCGUUGCUUUGCCUGCCGGUCUGCUGGCUGGCCACGCUGGUGCCAUACCACCCGAGGUCGCAACCGCUUUUCGCUACGCUGCUGUGCGUGUCAAUGAUGGCAAUGCUGAUGCUGACGGUGGGACAGUGCUCGCUGGGCGGGCUGGCGCGCGCGCUGCGUGAGCCCGCCGCGCUCAACGCCAGCAUGCACCGCGCCAUGAGCCUCCACGGUGUCGACUCCGCCAUGCGGACCGCCUUCGCCGCGAUGCAGCUCGAGUUGCGAUGCUGCGGCGUGCAGGACCACUCCGACUGGCACAAGUACCGUCGUCCUUUGCCGCCGUCCUGCUGCGGACGCAUAAGCAAUUUAAAGCGCGAGGCUUCGUGCGAAGCGUCGCAGCUGCCGUCGCCACAGACGGGCUGCCUCCCGCUCGCGAUGUCAGAGCUGCGUAACUACGCCAGCGCCCUCUCUGCGCUCUCCUCUGCCAUCAUCAUGAUUUUGGCGGUAACGGUGUUCACGGCGGCGUACACCCUGGCGUCGGGCGUGAUGGAGCGCCAGAAGUCGACGCUGCGAGUGGCGUACCUUACGCCGCCGCCCUCUUCGCUCGCCUGCUACCCGCACAAUCUUCCCCUGCCCGUCGCAAAUCUUCCCCCGCCCGCCCCGACAAUGCCCUAA